GAACCCGGAAGUGUGGGUGCUUUUAUUGCGAAAGGAAGGCGGAAACGAGGGCUGCCCUCAUCUCGGGUGGGCUUGCUAGACGUCAACAGAGGACAGGAGGACAAGAGGGCCGCGGUUUAUUCCGAAUAAAAUCACUUUUAAAAGUUCCAUGAAGGCGUCCGUCAUGGACGCACGCUAGCCGGAAACGUUCGGGCCGUGUUUGAAGGCAGUCCCCGGGCUGAGCGGAGUCGUCUCGCCGGGAGGAGAGUCCGUGUCCAACAGGAAGCGCCAUGGAGGGCCGACACAUCCCGGACUCGCCCGGCUCGGCCCUGGAGAAGAACGUGGCGGACCUGACCGUCAUGGACGUGUACGACAUCGCCGCGGCGGUGGGCCAGGAGUUCGAGCGGAUCAUCGACCAGUACGGCUGCGAGGCUCUGUCCCGCCUCAUGCCCAAAGUGGUGCGGGUGUUGGAGAUCCUGGAGGUGAUGGUGAGCCGCCACAGCAUCGGCCCGGAGACCGACGAACUGCGCCUGGAGCUGGACAAGCUGAGGCUGGAGAGGACGGAGAGGGCGGACAAGGAGAGGAAGCACAGGAAGGAGUUGGAGCUGGUGGAGGACGUGUGGAGAGGCGAGGCUCAAGACCUUCUCUCCCAGAUCGCUCUGCUGCAGGACGAGAACAAGAGUCUCCUCAACAACAUCUCCACCCGGGACCCCAUGACCGAGGAGGACCUGCAGCGGCACGAAGGCAUGAGCGAGAGAGAGCGGCAGGUGAUGAAGAAGCUGAAAGAGGUGGUGGACAAGCAGAGGGAUGAGAUCCGGGCCAAGGACAGAGAGCUGACCCUGAAGAACGAGGACAUCGAGGCGGUAAGGACGCGUCAAAGUCACGUGACCUCUUUACGUAAACAACAGAAUGAACAAAACGCGCUCAAAAGAGGGGAAAAAAGUCAAAGAAAAGCGAAUCUUGUGCAAGGCAAAAAGUGUGAUGACAACCAUAGAACAGGAAAUGCACAUAUUGUGACUGCUCAGUACAAAACAAGCAAUACACUUGAUAACGACAGCGGGAAUGAAGCGAGCAUCGAGCGGGCCAGUCAGAUGUUUUCCGCUGAAGUGGAGCUCAGGGAGGCUCCGAGUGCCGCAAACUCGCAGUUUAACUCUUCCGCCGCCUGCCUGGGCACCGCGGCUGGAGGAAGUGGGCGGUCUCACGCGUGGAGGGUCGUCACUCGUGACGCCCUCGUUCACCUCCCUGGGACCGUGACACCAGUCAGCGUGACCCGUGACGGGAAGUGGCGCUUUCUCAAUUUGUACGCCAAGAAUGAAGACUUCUUGCACCGUUCGCCGUCGUCUUCUUUCGACGGCUUUCAAAGGCCAACCGAGGACUCCAGGUGGUUGUAA